CGCGGCCGGCCUGCAUUAGGCACGUGGAUCUGCAGCAUGGCGAUCAGUCUGCGAUUGUAUUUUUUUUGCACAAUACUCAUAGUUUUUGUGAAAGCAGAUGAUCUACCACGACCGGAACAAGAGGUCUUACAACCUGAAGAAUCAAACGGCAUCUUCGGAGUAUCCAGUGUCGCCGGCAUUGCAUCCAGGAACGGUCGCGUCUCAUCCCUCGGCGGAAUCCAGAUCUACCCCGGCCUGGACCAACAAAUAACUUACACUAGCAAUGACGGAGCAGGAUACUACUACCCUCUAACAGUCACGAAAGAAGGAGACGGAAAAUACGCGUCCGGGUCCAUACAGUUAUACCCGGGAUCAGUAGUCGUCUCUUCAACAGCUAGAUCAGGGUAUCCAUCUGACAUCAAAGCUCUUCCUCUAAGCAUAAACCGACCAUUCAAGGAGUUUUUAUUCCAGCCGGUGCCCGAUUUCUUUGAGAAGCAAAGGAAUAUAGACCCUAUUGAGCCCUGGUUUUUGAAGAACAUGUUCCCCUUUAGUCCGCCAAGACCUGAUGUCGCGGAGAAUCCCUGGCUCUAUCCAACUUUCAAUCCGUUUUUGAACUUCUGGCGUUGA